AUGCCUUUAUCUAUCGAUGAACGUAUUCAAGUGAUUCUUCUUGCCGGAAGUGGUCGAACCCAUCGUGAAAUCGCCGAGGAGUUCAGUCGUUUACAUCCAUAUCGAAGGCCGAUUUCCCAUGCCACCGUUGGCAAUCUGCUGGCGAAAUUCAGAGAUACAGGAGCUGUUUACGAUCGCGCCACCGUUGGAAGUCUGAUGGCGAAAUUUAAAGAUACAGGAGCCUUAGACCGACGACGGGAAGUUUUGACCAGUGCUUUGGAUGGAGACGACAGCGGAAGCCCUUUCAGCGAUCGGACCUCUGAGCAACUGGCCAGUAGGAUGGAAACAUCGACGUGUUCCGCAUUUGACACAGCUCAAGGACGGAAAAGGUACCGCUAUGCUGUUGUCGACAUCAAAGAUCAGUCUAGUGAGGAUCUAUACGAUGUUCUGAUUAACAAUGGAUACAAUGAUUUUCUUCUACUCGACAAUCUUAGUGAUCAUCCGGACUUUGAA